AAAUGUAUAGCGCUAACACGUCACAUGUUUCAGAUAAUCUUCAUCUUCUCACUAAGCUGUUCAAAUUUAUCAAAGGGACCAGUUGCUUUAAAUUUGCAAAGCAAAGGUGAUCCACAAAUUACACCACGAAUACACUUACAUCCAGAUGGAAUAGCAAGUGGGACGUAUUGGAUGCGUCAGGCUAUAUUAUUUGAUAAACUCAAAUUAACCAAUAAUCCAUUCGAUCAAAAUGGUCAUAUAAUAUUAAAUUCAAUGCAUAAAUAUCAAACUAGGCUGCAUGUUAUCUAUGCAGAUGAAAUGGAUGAAGUUAUGAAGAGAAAUGACAAAGAAAUAAGUUUGUUUUGUACAAAUUCACCAAGAUGUAUGAAAAGAACAUUUACAUUUCCAGAGACUAAAUUUUUCGCUGUAACAGCUUAUCAAAAUAACAAAGUGACACAGUUGAAAAUUUCUAGUAAUCCAUUCGCUAAAGGAUUUCGAGAUUGUGAUUCUGAAAACUGCUGCUCAGAUAAUCAACCAUCGCAAUGUACCCAAGAAAUUCAGAAAGAAAGAAAUGAAAACUGUUGUAAACGAAUGUUAAUUAGAGAGCUUAGGAAAACUAACGUUGGAAGCCUUUUGGAAGGUAAUAUGCGUGUGCAAACUAUACCAGUGAAAAUGGAAGGGAAAUUAUCAAAGAAAAUGCGUUGUAAAAUAUCGAAAAAGCGAAAUAAAAAGGCUUCUGAAGAUGAUAACUAUCAAUGUUCACACUUUUAUGACAAGAGUUCAACAGCUGAACAUGCGGUUGUACCCAAUGAAUUGAGUAUAAUAUCAGUGAAUAAUGAGGAGUCGGUGUACAGUUUCAUUAACUCACCACUAAGCAUGAACACUAAUCAAUUUCAAAAGCCUUUAAAUAGUCAUUUAUCAGAAGAUUUCAAAGACAAGUUGUUUUCACCUUCAAUGAUGAAUAUUUUUGAGGCGACAACAUGCAAUGAUCAAGUCAAUAGUACACAAUUCGAGUUAAACUUGAAUCAACAUUUUCUAAUGGAUCAUAGUAUUCCCUCUGUUUGUUCUUCAGUGGAUGGACUGAUUCCGAAUAGGGGAUAUUAUUGUGAAUCGAAUGACAAAAAUUCUAAUGUUUAUGGGUUGUUUGAACAAACUCCAGUUAUUUAUGAUUGUUGUGAUAUAGAAACGAAAAAUGAAAUUCAUAUUAAUGAAACAACAGCAGAAACAAUUUGCUUAUCAACAAAUUAUCAAGGACUGGUUUAUAGUUUACCAGAAACACUUAAUAUAAAUAAAAAUAUAAGUGAUGUCAUCACAAGAGAACAGAUGAAUGAUAAUACAGCUUAUCAUGAAGUUAUAAAUGAUCAAUGUCAAGGUCACCUUCACCAUAUAACUAAUCCUUUGUGGGAAAUAAAGCACUUUACUGGGAUAUAA